AUGGCAAGCAUUAGUCCACCUUCUGUCAACAAUGAGAACUAUGAUCCUAAGGUAGACAAAGCAAGAAAGGCCAACUCAAAUGAUCCAGGCUGGAAGUAUGGAUAUUGGGCAAACCUUCAGAAGCCAGAUAAGGUGACAUGUACUCUUUGUGACACUGAGGUUUCUGGAGGGAUAAAAAGGUUGAAGCAGCAUCUGGCAGGUGGAUAUGGAGAUGCAAAAAUGUGUCCUAAGACCACCACUGCCAUUAGGAAGGAGAUGAGAGAUUACUUGGAAUCCAAUAAGAGGAGGAGGCCAUUGUUCAACGAAGAGGAUGAUGAGCCACCCGAGGAACCAGUAGAUGUGGUGGUGGUAGAUGCAGUAGCAGCCCCAGCAGCUAGAGCUGAAUCUAUUCAAGCUGAAGACAGUGCACCUGCAGAAUCCCAAGCUUCCAAGGUGCAGCCAAGUUCAGGGACUGCAGCUAAACAAAGGCGUGCAAAUUAUUUAUUCAAGGCUACUGCAGCAAGCAAUACAAAGGCAAAGCCGAAGGUUAACAAGUCAAUUGUUGAGAUGCUUUGGAAAACACCUGAAGAACUUGUUGAUAAAAGGCGUUACAAGCCUUCUACUCCCUAUAUGUUAGGUGAACCAUUGCUUAAGGAUGCUAUGAAAUUGACUAGUUCUAUGAGGGAGGAACAUGAGCAGGCCUGGAAGAUGUAUGGUUGCACACUUAUGUCAGACGGCUGGACUGAUAAGAGAGGCCGCCAUUUGAUCAACUUCCUUGUGAAUAGCCCUGCAGGGACUUAUUUCUUGGAGUCUGUUGAUGCAUCAAGUGAGGUACAUGAUGCAUUUAUGCUUGCUGAUUUAUUGGAGGCAAAGAUUGAAGAGAUUGGGGAAGACAAGGUGGUUCAAGUUAUCACUGAUAAUGGGGCUAAUUACAAGGUAGCUGGUAGAAUUCUAAUGGAAAGGAUUUCUACGCUAUAUUGGAGGCCAUGUGCUGCACACUGCUUGGAUCUUAUGCUGGAAGAGAUAGGGAACUUGAAGGAAUUUAAGAAGCCCAUUGCAAGAGCCAAACGUGUCACAACUUUCAUCUAUAGGCAUGGGAGAAUUCUUAGUUUGAUGAGAGAAAAGACAGGGGUUGAUCUUGUGAGACCUGCAGCCACUCGAUUUGCCACCUCUUUCCUCACUUUAAAAAGUUUGCACAAGCACAGAGAUGCUUUGAAGGCUUUAUUUGUUAGUGAAGAAUGGUUGGGGAACAAAUUGGCAAAAACUGCAGCCGGUCAAGAAGUGCACAACACUGUGCUCUCUAUGGAAUUUUGGAAUUCAGUUGAAGAUUGCCUUAGAGCUUCAACACCUCUGCUUAUUGUUCUUAGGGUGGUUGAUGGUGAUGAGAGGCCUGCAAUGCCAGAGGUUGCAGCACUAAUGAAUCAUGCAAAAGAGAAGAUCAAGCUCAGCUUUGCUACUGAAAACAAGAAAACCUUGCUCAAGAAUAUCAUUAAGAUCAUUGAGAAGCGUUGGGUCACACAAAUGGACCAUCCUUUGUAUGGUGCUGCACUGUAUUUGAACCCAGGAAGGCUGCAUUCUCUCAUACAAGCUAAUGAUGAUGCAACUGUUGGGCAGUUAAGAGGCUGUUUUCUUGAUGUGCUUGGAAGAAUGGUGGAGGAUGAAGAAAUUAGAAGCAAGAUUGAUGCUCAAUCCUUGGACUAUGAAGGCCUUAGAGGAGAUGCAUUCUCAAACAAAAUGGCCAAGCAAAACCUACAGAAUUUGAACCCUCUUGAUUGGUGGCGUUCAUAUGGUGGUCGUGCUAUUGAGCUUCAAAGGUUUGCUAGACGCAUUGUUAGUCUUUGUGCUUCAUCCUCUGGUUGUGAGAAAAACUGGAGUACAUUUGAGUUUAUGCAUACAAAGAAAAGAAAUAGGUUGUUGCAUAAGCGAUUAAAUGACAUUGUGUUUGUUUCCUACAACCGAAAGAUGAAGACCAGGUUUCAGUUAAGGCGUGAGAAAAAGGGAAAAUUUUUGAUCCUUUGGUCAUUGAGGAGUUUGAUUGGGACAAUGAGUGGGCUGACUCCUCCUAUGUUCAUCCUCAAGGUGCCCGUGGGUGUGACAAUGGUGACAAUGGUAAUGGCCUUACAUGGGAACUUGUGGAUGAAGCUGUUGGUGCAUCAAGCUCGCUGCGAGGCCGCAAUCUUCAAAGGAAUGCCAGCAGCAAGCGUGCAAGAAAUGGAUAGUCAAGGUUGGUUGAACUUGAAGAAGACUUAG